AUGAAGCUGCCAGGUCAGGAGGAGCUGGAAGCCGCCUGCACUUGUGAAAAUGUGCCUGUGGGACAGAUGGACAGUGGCCCCGCCUCUGGCCCCUGCCCUGAUGACCCCUCAGAUACAGGCAGCAGGGAACCAGGGCCUCCCGAGGACCCUCCACUCUUCCUCCAGCUGAAUGAGCUUCUGGGCUGGCCCCAGACACUGGAGUGGAGGGAGACGGGCAGGUGGGUGCUGUUUGAGGAGAAGCUGGAGGUGGAUGCAGGCCGCUGGAGCGCCCCCCACGUGCCCACCCUGGCGCUGCCGAGCCUCCAGAAGCUCCGAAGCCUGCUGGCCGAGGGCCUUGUCCUGCUGGACUGUCCAGCUCAGAACCUCCUGGAGCUUGUGGAGCAGGUGACCAGGGUGGAGUCGCUGAGCCCGGAGCUGAGGGGGCAGCUGCAGGCUUUGCUGCUACAGAGACCCCAGCAUCAUACCCAGACCACAGGCUCCAGGCCCUGCUGGGGACCUGCCCAGUCAAGGAAGGCUGCUCACGACAAGGAAGCCCCCAUGCAGCAACAGUGCCAGAGCCCCCUGAGACAGAAGCUGCCUCCGGGGGCCGAGGCAGGGGCUGUCCUGGCAGGAGAGCUGGGCUUCUUGGCACAGCCACUGGCGGCCUUCGUGCGACUCCGGGAUCCAGUGUGGCUGGGGCCCCUCACUGAGGUGCCCCUCCCUAGCAGGUUUUUCUGUCUCCUCCUGGGUCCUCCCAUGCUGGGAAAGGGCUACCUUGAGAUGGGUCGGGCGGCAGCUGUCCUCCUCAGUGACCCGCACUUCCAGUGGUCAGUUCGCCGGGCCAGCAACCUUCAUGACCUCCUCACAGCCCUGGAUGCCUUCCUGGAAGAGGUUACAGUGCUGCCCCCUGGCAGGUGGGACCCGACAGCCCGGAUUCCCCCUCCCAAGUGUCUGCCCUCUCGGCACAAAAGGCCACCCUCGCACCUGCAGAAGGUUGAGGGCUUCCCUGUCCUGCGCAGGACCCAGGCAAAGGACAGGCACCGAAAUGGGCAACUUGCACCAAGCCCAGAGUUGCAGCGGACGGGCAGGCUCUUUGGGGGCCUUGUCCAGGACGUGCGCCGGAAGGCCUCGUGGUACCCCAGUGAUUUCUCGGACGCCCUGCACCCCCAGUGUGUCUCAGCUGUGCUCUACAUUUACCUGGCUACCGUCACUAAUGCCAUCACUUUUGGGGGUCUCCUGGGAGAUGCCACGGAUGGUGCCCAGGGAGUGCUGGAGAGUUUCCUGGGCACAGCGCUAGCUGGAGCUGCCUUCUGCCUCAUGGCAGGCCAGCCUCUCACCAUCCUCAGCAGCACCGGACCAGUGCUCGUCUUUGAGCGCCUGCUCUUUGCCUUCUGCAGAGAUUACAGCCUGGACUACCUGCCCUUUCGCCUGUGGGUGGGCAUCUGGGUGGCCACCUUUUGCCUGGUGCUGGUAGCCACAGAGGCCAGCGUGCUGGUGCGUUACUUUACCCGCUUCACUGAGGAAGGCUUCUGUGCCCUCAUCAGCCUCAUCUUCAUCUACGAUGCUGUGGGCAAAAUGCUGAACUUGGCCCAUGCCUAUCCCAUCCAAAGGCCUGGGUCCCUUGCCUAUGGCUGCCUCUGCCAAUUCCCAGGCCCAGGAGGAAAUGAGUCGCAGUGGACAAAGCCAAGACCACAAAGCAAAGAUGACCUCUUAAGCGUGGACCUAGGCCUGGUCAAUGCAUCCCUGCUGCCCCCACACGAGUGUGUCCAGCAGGGCGGCUAUCCACGUGGCCCUGGCUGUCAUACAGUCCCCGACAUCGCCUUCUUCUCCCUUCUCCUCUUCCUCACCUCCUUCUUCUUUGCCACUGCCCUCAAGCAUAUAAAGACCAGCCGCUUCUUCCCCUCUGUGGUACGCAAGGUGCUCAGCGACUUUUCCUCAGUCCUGGCCAUCCUGCUGGGCUGUGGUCUUGAUGCCCUCCUGGGCUUGGCUACGCCAAAGCUCAUGGUGCCCAGAGAGUUCAAGCCCACACUCCCUGGCCGUGGCUGGCUGGUGUCACCUUUUGGAGCCAACCCCUGGUGGCUGAGUGUGGCAGCUGCCCUGCCUGCGCUGUUGCUGUCUAUCCUCAUCUUCAUGGACCAGCAGAUCACAGCAGUCAUCCUCAACCGUGUGGAAUAUAGACUGCGGAAGGGAGCUGGCUUCCACUUGGACCUCUUCUGUGUGGCGCUGCUGAUGCUGCUCACUUCAGUGCUUGGGCUGCCAUGGUAUGUCUCAGCCACUGUCAUCUCCCUGGCCCACAUGGACAGUCUUCGGAGGGAGAGCAGAGCUUGUGCCCCUGGGGAGCCCCGCAGCUUCCUGGGCAUCAGGGAGCAGAGGCUGACAGGCCUGGCGGUGUUCAUCCUCACAGGAGUCUCCAUCUUCCUGGCACCUGUGCUCAAGUUCAUCCCAAUGCCUGUGCUCUAUGGCAUCUUCCUGUACAUGGGGGUGGCAGCGCUUAGCAGCAUCCAGUUCAUGAAGAGAGUGCAGCUAAUGCUGAUGCCAGCAAAACACCAACCAGACCUGCUGCUCCUGCGACAUGUGCCUCUGAGCAGGGUCCACCUCUUCACAGCCAUUCAGCUGGCCUGCCUGGGUCUGCUUUGGAUAAUCAAGUCUACCCCUGCAGCCAUCAUCUUCCCCCUCAUGUUGCUGGGCCUGGUGGGGGUCCGGAAGGCACUGGAGUGGGUCUUCUCACCCCAGGAACUCCUCUGGCUGGAUGAGCUGACGCCAGAGGAGGAGAGGAAGGUCCCUGAGCAGGGGCUGGAGCCGGGGCACUCCUUCAGUGGAAGUGACAGCGAAGACUCAGAACUGAUGUACCAGCCAAAGGCUCCAGAAAUCAACAUCUCUGUGAAUUAGCUGGAAUAAGAAUCUGAGAGCGAAGACCCCAGGAAACUCAGCAUGAGCUCUAUGCUAUGACCUGGAAAAGCAGUAGAAGAUGGCCCAAGUCUUGGGCCCCUGCACCUGCAUGGGAGACCUGGAGGAAGCUCCUGGAUCCUGGCUUUGGAUUGGCCCAGCUCUAGCCAUUGCGACCAUUUGGGGAGUGAACCGCGGAUGGAAGACCUCCCUCUCUCUCUCCCUCUCCCUCUCUCUCUCUUUCUCUCUCUCUGCCUCUCUAUAAC